GUAGUUUCAUACAGAAUAUGUCUUUCACAUUUCUCAGUCCAGAAGACUAUUCUUAUAGUAUCAGCAGCUCCUGGUUCCAGGAACUUGACAAUGGUUUCAACAGAAAGCGUGGAGAUGAUGAGGAUUCCAGGGGCGGAGGUGAUGGAAAUGGGUUGUUAAAUGAAGAAGCAUUGAGGAAGAGUGGAUACGGAGAUAUUCUUGCCUCCUUGUUGUUACUAGAAGAAGAGGCAAAGCAAGAGGAAGAUGAAUGGAUAGCUGAAUCCCAACAACACAAAGCCUUGUUUGAAUCCAAUCACAAAAGAAAACUUGAAGCAAUGAAUGAAUACUACAAUCAGCUUCAACACCAUUAUCUUCAAGUUGAUCAGUUGGAUAGUUCAACUGUAAAACGAUCCCGAAAAUCAGCUUCUGCUUUGGCUAUGGCUAUGGCGUCCACUGUUGCAGCGGAUGGCAAUGAGAAUGUCAAAGGGGGUCAGCAGAGGAGGUUGUGGGUGAAGGAUCGAUCCAAGGACUGGUGGGAUUGUUGCAACCACCCCGAUUUUCCUGAGGAAGAGUUCCGAAAGGAGUUUCGGAUGAGCAAAGCUACGUUUGGAAUGGUAUGCCGGGAGUUGGAGCCAGCGGUGAUGAAGAAGAACACUUUGUUGAGGGAUGCAAUCCCGGUUCGACAACGGGUGGCUGUUUGCAUAUGGAGAUUGGCUACAGGGGAGCCCCUUAGGUUGGUUUCCAAACGCUUUGGACUGGGGAUUUCAACUUGUCAUAAGCUGGUGUUGGAGGUAUGUUCUGCCAUAAGAACUGUUUUGAUGCCCAAGUUUCUUCAAUGGCCUGAUGAGAAUAAAAUGAAAGACACUAAACAAGCAUUCCAGUCCAUAUCAGGGAUUCCUAACAUAGGUGGUUCUUUAUACACAACUCAUGUGCCGAUCAUGGCACCGAAGGAGAACAUGGGGGCUUAUUUCAACCGGAGGCAUACAGAGAGGAAUCAGAAGACUUGUUAUUCAAUCACAGUCCAAGGUGUAGUUGACCAAAAAGGGGUUUUUACAGAUGUUUGUAUUGGAUGGCCUGGUUCGAUGGCUGAUGAUAAGGUGCUGGAGAAGUCUGCUUUGUUCCAAAGGGUUAACAAGGGGGAUUUAAGGGAUGUUUGGAUUGUGGGAAAUUCUGGGUACCCUUUGAUGGAUUGUGUUUUGGUUCCUUAUACGCACCACAAUUUGACUUGGGCACAACAUGGAUUCAAUGAAAAACUGGGUGAGAUUCAAAACGUUGCAAAGGAGGCAUUUGGGAGAUUAAAAGGGAGGUGGUCUUGCUUGCAAAAGAGGAUUGAGGUGAAGCUCCAGGAGUUGCCAAUGCUGCUUGGAGCUUGCUGUGUAUUGCAUAACAUUUGUGAGAUGAACAAUGAGGAGAUGGCCCCUCAGCUACAGUUUGAUCUGUUCGACGACGAGGUUGUACUUGAGAAUAACUUGAGGCCCGCCAAUGCUGUGCAUGCCAGGGAUCACAUUGCUCACAAUCUGUUACACCAUGGACUUGGUGGCAGUAGUUUCCUCUAGUGUUGUUAAGAAAU